CCGCAACGAGACAGUUGGCGGAGUCUUGUGGCCGCUGCCGGAAAAGGGGAGGGUCGAGCCGGCGGCUGCGACGCCGGCCUGCGCUAAGCCUCUCGCCCGCCCUUGCCUCUUACCGCAUGGUGCCGGCUUCUCGCUAAGCUGGGGCGGCGAGGCGAGAGGGACGCACUGCCGGGGCGGCUCGGAGUCGAGGCUUCCCGUCGCCCGCACUUCCUCCUGUGGCGCCCGUGCGUGGCCGCCUCGGCCAGCGGGAUGGCGGCGGCGGCCCGGGGGAGUGGCCGCGCAUCGGCGCCCCGGCUGCUUCUGCUUCUGCUGCUAGCGCUGCUGUGGGCCCCGGCCGGCGUCCGCGCUGUCCCGGACGAAGACCUUAGCCUUCGGAACAAGGAACCGCCGGCGCCCGCCCAGCAGCUGCAGCCGCAGCCGGCGGCCGUGCAGGGCCCCGAGCCUGCCCGGGCGGAGAAAGGAUUUACACCAGCUGCCCCGGUUCAUUCCAAUAAAGAAGAUCCAGCUACCCAGACAAAUUUGGGAUUUAUCCAUGCAUUUGUCGCUGCCAUAUCAGUUAUUAUUGUAUCUGAGCUGGGUGAUAAGACAUUUUUCAUAGCUGCCAUCAUGGCCAUGCGCUAUAACCGGCUGACGGUGUUGGCUGGGGCCAUGCUUGCCCUGGGCCUGAUGACGUGCUUAUCAGUUUUGUUCGGCUAUGCCACCACAGUCAUCCCCAGGGUGUAUACGUACUAUGUUUCCACUGCAUUAUUUGCCAUUUUUGGCAUUAGAAUGCUUCGAGAAGGCUUAAAGAUGAGUCCAGAUGAGGGUCAAGAGGAACUGGAAGAAGUUCAAGCAGAAUUAAAGAAAAAGGAUGAAGAAUUUCAACGAACUAAACUCUUAAAUGGACCGGGAGAUGUCGAAACGGGUGCAAGCACGACAAUACCCCAGAAGAGAUGGCUGCAUUUUAUCUCCCCCAUCUUCGUUCAGGCUCUCACACUGACAUUCUUAGCCGAAUGGGGUGAUCGCUCCCAACUAACUACGAUUGUUCUGGCAGCUAGAGAGGACCCGUACGGCGUAGCAGUGGGUGGGACAGUGGGCCACUGCUUAUGCACCGGACUAGCAGUCAUCGGAGGAAGGAUGAUAGCCCAAAAAAUCUCUGUCAGAACCGACCAGAAAGGAGAAUUCCCUGUUAGAAAGUAGCUGGUGCCAUCACAACCCCGACUGGCAGUGCAGGCAGCCUGGCCCAAGAACUAGCUUAAUGCGGGGGUAACAAACAGCAUAGCUUUCUGAGGCUCUACCACCUUGUACCAGGACAGAACUACUACUACAAGAAUUUGGCAGUUCCGACAUGAAGCUACGAGGUAAAAAUCGCUAAUACAGUUAGACUCCAUUGCUGAGUAAAAAGAAAAGAAAAUGUCAUUGGUGUUGAUUUUAAAAUAUUUAAUAGUCUUCCUUUAAAAUCCAAAAUAAUGUGAUUCUUACAAGUUAUGUGCCACAUAAAGCGGGUGUUAUUUUUUGAGAAAUGCAGGUGAUACUGAAAAACAUAGCACUGAGGUAUUUUUUAUUUUUAAAAUUGAGUAAGGAAACAAAGUCUGGAUCUAAUUAUUUUUACAUUUACAAAAAAAAAAAAAAAAAACGAAAAACAAAACAAAAAAAACCAACCGAUGCUACUGCUUGGCUCUUUUGUUAUGAUUUUAGGUUCGGAAUACAUUACAAAAGUCUACGGGAAAGAGCAAUAUAAUAAUAGUACAUGUAGUUUUAGAAAACUAUGCACAUCAUAACCUGGAGAAAUGAUCAUACACCAAGAGGCCUGAGUGGAGGUAGGCUAAUAAAACACGUUACCUCUUCUCAAAGGACAGCGCUGAAAAAUAAGUGCAACCAAUUGUAACACCAAAUUGAAAUGGCAAUAUUAAGUUGGUAACAAAAUGAUCCACGUUUUAUGUAAUAUUGUACUUCCAAACACAGCUCAUGAAAAUCAGCAGAGAACCUAAGAUAGCACCAUUGAAACCAUUCAUUAUCCCUUCGUGCUUCGGUACAAUUUAGGAUUGGGGCAGAAUACAAUACCUACAAGAUGUCCAUCUCGUUUUUAUAAAUCAGUUUGGAUUUCAAUUCAAUGUUUGCUUUAGGAAAAGUACGUAUUCUUAAGAUCAGUUAGCCAUGUACAUAUAGCUCUACCUUUUUGGAAGUUAAGACAAUGGGCUACAUCUAAUUUUUAUCUAACACCAAGAACCAAGCAGUAAGGACAGCAAUGUCAAGAGUAGCACAACCAAGAACCACACAGAACAUUAGAAAGAAUUUGGUGUAUGUUUUUACAGCUACUAACUGAUGUUAACAAUUAAAAAUUUACAAAGAUAAAACUUUUUUGCACUAACUGGUUUCAACACAGCACUGAAUGUGACUCAUCUUUGGGCUUCCAUCUCUACAGAGAGUAAAUGUGCAAGUGCCAUACUGAGGCCCUUCCCCAACUUACGCCAUAGUAAAACAGAUUCCAAAAUAAUUCUAGAAUGGUCUAAAGUUACAGCUGUUCUAGCUGACACGGGGGGG